GUAGAGAACUCUGAAAAGAUUCGAUUAAUAACAAUGUGCUUGAGGCAAGCAGGAUACCAGCUGAGUCUGCUAUUAAAGCAGCACUCGAAAACUUCACUAAAAUGGUACAAUUCAAGUAAUUCUAGGUUUUUUAGCGUGUCUUUAACACAGAGCAAAGGACUUGUCUUGGGUGUAUAUGAGCCAAAUGAAAAAGAUGGACCAUUUAUAUUCUCUCCAUCUGCUAAAAGCUUUGAUGAAUCUACUGCUGGAAAACUUGAGUCUGUUUUGAAGAUUGCUGGCAAAAAACUGAGCUGUGGUAAAGUCCGUCUGCUGUAUGGCCUUGAUGAAACCUACUCUACUGUGGCUGUAGCUAACCUUGGGAAACAAGAUGCAGGCUAUGAUGACACUGAACAGGUUGAUCAGGGAAAAGAAAAUGUCAGAACUGCUGUUGCAAGUGCAGUUUUAAGUUUGCGUGAAGCAGGACAGACAGAUGUGGACAUAGAGGCAUGUGGAGACGCCGAAGCUGCUGCUGAAGGUGCUUUUCUAUCCCUGCAUUCUUUUGAUGAUCUGAAACAAGAAGACAAAAGGAAACCAAAAGUGAAUGUCACGCUCUACACUAAAGGCCUGGGAGAGGAGUCAAAAGUAAAUGCACAGUGGUCAAGAGGUCAAAUUUUUGCUAGUGCUCAGAAUUUUGCCAGAUGGUUGAAAGAAAACCCAGCAAAUCUGAUGACUCCCACCAUCUUUUGCCAGGAAGUUGAGAAGACUUUAGGAGAUCUCCCUAAUGUCAAGAUCACUGUCAGAGAAAAGGAGUGGGCUGAAUCCAUGAAGAUGGGAUCUUUCCUAUCAGUAACCCGGGGAUCAGACGAGCCACCAAAGUUUCUAGAAAUUGAUUACCAAGGUGGAAAGGCUGAUGAUCCAUUUGUUGCAUUUGUUGGCAAAGGAGUCACUUUUGAUAGUGGUGGUAUAUCAAUCAAGCCAUCAAGUGGUAUGGAUGAAAUGAGGGCAGAUAUGGGUGGAGCUGCUGCUGUAGUUAGCAGUAUUCAAGCAGCUGCUAAACUGGGUUUGCCUAUCAAUGUAAAAGGUCUGGUGCCAUUGUGUGAGAACAUGCCAAGUGGAAAAGCCACCAAACCUGGUGAUGUAGUAACAGCUAUGAAUGGGAAGACUAUUCAGGUUGACAACACUGAUGCAGAGGGCAGGCUAAUACUGGCUGAUGCUUUAUGUUAUGCUGAAACUUUCAAACCAAAGCUUAUUUUGGACAUUGCAACUCUAACAGGAGCAGUUGUCAUAGCCUUAGGUGCAGGGGCAACUGCAGCAUACACAAAGUCUGAAAAUAUUUGGGAAAACUUGCACAAUGCUGGUAAAGUAACAGGUGAUCGCAUGUGGAGGAUGCCAUUAUUUAAACAUUACACCAAACAGAUGACUGAGUGUGAUCUUGCUGACAUUAACAAUGUCAGCAAGAAAAGAGAAGCAGGGAGCUGCACUGCUGCUGCUUUCCUCAAGGAAUUUGUGUCAACUGACAACUGGGUCCAUCUAGAUAUAGCAGGUGUAAUGAUGAACAAGGGUGAUGUAGCUUACAUGGGUAAAGGAAUGUCAGGCCGCCCUACAAGAACUCUAGUUCAAUUCUUGGAAAACCUGAGUAAACAGCAAGCUUAAUAAUUUUGUGUUCACCAAGUUUUAUUCAGAAUUGUAAGAGAUACAUAGAGGGUCAUGUUAGAUUUUAAUAAUUGACCAUCAUGUGAGUCAGAAGAUGUAACCCCUAAGGUCUUUUGUUAAUGUCAUGUUUGUUAUACAAAUAUUUUUAUUCAGCACCUUAAUGGUUAGAGAAACAUCUGGAAAA